AAUGAGUGCGUGUUAAAGAGCAAAACGGCCAAAGCAAUAAUACACAAACACUAAGCAAAAGCAGCUUGUGGAGCAGCUAUUAACUGUAGAAGUUCUUGGGAAAUCUGUAAAAAUUUUUGUCCACAUGAAUAUGCUACACACCUUUAGUGGUAGUGGCGGCGGCGGGGGAGGUGGUCCUUUUGGCGAUUCUAGUGAUAUCGAGCUAAAGGAGCGCCUAAUCGCCACCGUGAAGAAGGAGGUCAAACAACUAAUGGAAGAGGCUGUCACCAAAAAGUAUAUACACGAAGAAAGCAGCUCGGUGACAUCACUGUGCGCUGCAGUGGAGGCAUGCCUCAGUCAUGGUUUGCGACGUCGUGCUUUGGGUCUCUUCAAAACCUCUUCGACGACAGCGUUGAUACAGAAGAUAGCCAGAACUUGCCCAGAAGCUGACUAUAUAAAUCGUUGCUUGCUGGAAAUCGAAAUGGUCAAUGAGACGCAUACGAUAUCCGGCAAGCGGUCUUCUUCCAGCAGUGAUAGUAUUAUAAAGCCGAAGUUGCUCAGCAAAGGCAGCAGCAAUUCGGUGACGACAAUCAAUACGAUGUCGUCGACAACUAGUGGAUGUGCCACAACGGUGGUGAAAUACUUGUGGAUACGCUUGGCACUGUAUGAGCGUCGUCUUUCCAAAAUAAUUGAGUAUUUGGUCAACAAUGCCAAUAAUUUCUACGAUCGUGAUGCGCUGGUCGCCGAUCCAGAUUAUGGCUCCAUACUUAGUUCGCUUUUGGUCGGACCCUGUGCGUUGGAGUUUACGCGCGCCAAGACGGCAGAUCACUAUUGGUCAGAUCCACAUGCGGAUGAACUUGUACAACGCCACCGCAUUAGUUCCGGCAAUCGCACGCCUCCGAUAGUGCAUCGUCCCAUCAUCAAUUUCAAACGAAGUUUGCAUACGAGUUCGGAGGACACUAGUAGCGGCUCGUAUAAGGCGAGUUCGCCUGCCAGCGUCGCCAAGGAUUAUGUUGAGUCAUUGCACCAGAAUUCCAAGACCACACUUUUGUAUGGCAAAAAUAAUGUGCUGGUGUUGCCGAAGGACGUAAAUGAACCCAUGCCUGGUUACUUAAGUCUCCACCAAACGGUGCAGUUCCUCACUAUCAAAUGGACACCGAAUCAACUGAUGAACGGUUACAAUGAAGCCGAGGGCACCGACAAAAGCUUCUACUGGGCCUAUGCGCUUAAUAUAAAUGUUGAUGAGAUUGUCUAUGUGCAUUGCCAUCAGAAUCGCGGCGAAGACACUGGCGGCACUAUAAUAUUGGUGGGUCAAGAUGGUGUACAGCAGCCGCCGAUACACUUUCCCGAGGGUGGUCAUAUGCAAGCUUUUCUUAGCUGUCUUGAGACUGGUUUGCUACCGCAUGGACAACUGGAUCCACCGCUUUGGUCUCAACGUGGCAUUGAGAAAAUGUUUCCAUGGCCAAAAAGUGUACGCCGCCGCAUAUUACCCUCUGUGUUGGAAUCCACCGAUGAAACACCAAUCGAUUAUGUCUUCCGUGUGGUGAGCAAAAGCCAGCAUGAAGAGUUUUUGGCGACACAUCCGAUUUUGGAAUUGGGACGGACCAGCCCACGACGCAAACAUUUGAGUAGCUGUUCGACCACUGGCAGUAGUGACUGUUCCAGCAAGAGUUUAUCCAUGGAACAGAGUGGCGGUGACUCUCCACAGAUUCAAGCAAGCCAAACUGCAAGUAUUGAGCUGGUAUGUUCAACGAUGCGUCGUCAAAUAAUAUCUCGAGCAUUUUAUGGCUGGUUGGCUUAUUGCCGCCAUUUGUCUACGGUGCGCACACAUCUCUCUGGUUUGGUUAAUGGACGCAUCACACCGGACUUAGCGGCCGACGAACAGGGACUAACCAAAGAAAAGUGGGAGAAACUUCAAGUGGAUGGCGUGGUCACCAGCGAUAUAGAGGUCUUCCGUUUGGUGUACUUCGGCGGUGUGCAGCAUGAGUUACGCAAAGAAGUCUGGCCGUAUCUCUUAGGACAUUACAGCUUUGGUUCCACACCGGAAGAGCGCGAGAAGUACGACGAUACCUGUAAGCAUUAUUACGAAACCACAAUGAGUGAAUGGCUGGCCGUCGAGGCGAUUGUGCGACAACGUGAGAAAGAGAAGAAUGCACAGGCUGUGGCUAAGCUGACGGCUGAGAAAAAUAGACGCGCAGGCAAGCCAGUAUGCCGGCAAUAUGAAAUGGAUGGCGAAGAUGUGGAGAAUGACGUAUUCGAAGAUAAUGAUAUUUCCGAUAUGUCCGAUCCGGGUGAGGAUUUCGAUGAGGAUAUACUCAUUGAGAAGGACGAAGACGAGAGCAUCACCGUUACUAAAGGUGAAAAGUACAAAACCACCAGCAUCACCGACUCCGGUAAUGUGGAAGAGGACAUCGAGAUAGCCGAAGCUUUGGAUGCAACGAAUGAUAGCCAGCAGCGUGAAGACGACGACACAAAUGCAGUAUUAGUGAUAGAACAAAGUGAACAUAUUGUAGUAGAACUAGAAAAUAUGGAUGCAAUGGAGCCCCUAGAGCUGCAAGAAAAUUGCUUUGCUGAUACUGACAACGAGGCGGGACUAACACCUGAACAUGGUAGCGCUAUCUUACUUCUAAGCGUAAAGAGUUCACCAUCGACCUCCUCUUAUGAGACCGUUGGUAAUGAAUUCACCGAUAUCAACGAACUGGCCACAUCAAUGAAUGUUGUGGCCGAGUCGGAGACCAUGAAUUUCGGCGCUGUUAUAGAAGAUGUCGAGCCAGAAGAGGAUGCUUCGUCACAUGUGACGAAAUUUCACAGUGCCGACGAUUUACGUCGGGCCAUGGAUGAGUUUACCAUCGGUAUUGUGGAACAGGUGCGCGAUGCUGAGUCAAUGCCAACACAUGCGGUGAUUAUAACCGAGGCAGUAUCAAUGGAUGCGCUGCAAUGUGAUGAUGAACUCACCGAUGAACUGUCACGCAAGACAAGUCUCAUGUCACCGAUGAACGAGGACAUAACAGUGGUGGCCUCACUGGAUGCACUGCAAGAGCCCAAAUCGGCGUGCGUUUCACCUGCCAGCAGUAAUGGCGGUGUAUAUAGUAGCGAGUUAUUAGAGUCAUUUGGGCUGAACUUGCACCGCAUCGAAAAGGAUGUGCAACGUUGCGAUCGCAAUUAUUGGUAUUUCGCUAAUGAGAACUUGGAUAAACUCAGGAAUGUCAUAUCCACCUAUGUUUGGGAACAUUUGGAUAUUGGUUAUAUGCAAGGCAUGUGCGAUUUGGUUGCUCCGCUAUUGGUAAUUUUCGACGAUGAGUCUCUCUGCUAUAGCUGCUUCUGCAAGCUUAUGGAGCGUAUGAUCGAGAAUUUCCCCAAUGGUGGCGCUAUGGACAUGCACUUUGCGAAUAUGCGUUCCCUCAUACAAAUUUUGGACUCGGAGAUGUAUGACUUAAUGGAUUCGAAUGGUGACUACACACAUUUCUAUUUUUGUUAUCGCUGGUUUCUGUUGGAUUUCAAACGUGAGUUGCUCUAUGAUGAUGUCUUCGCGACCUGGGAAGUUAUUUGGGCGGCAAAACAUGUGGCCUCCAGCCAUUUCGUGCUCUUCCUUGCUUUGGCGCUGCUGGAAACUUAUCGUGACAUAAUAUUGUCGAACAGCAUGGAUUUUACGGAUGUUAUCAAGUUCUUCAACGAAAUGGCUGAGCGGCACGAUGCUCGAUCCAUAUUGCAAUUAUCCAGGAGUCUUGUACUGCAAUUGCAGACAAUAAUCGAAAAUAAAUAAAAAUCCACACUUAAACAUAUGCUUACGACAUACACACAAACCUUAAAGCAUAGAAAAACAUAUGAACAAACAUAUAUUUAAAUAUCCAUAUAUAUUAAAAAAAUCUGAAGCAAAUGUAGGCAAGUAAAAGAGAAUUGGCAUCCAUUUUGGAUAACACAAGUCAACGUAGUAGUGGAGUGUAGCCGCUUGCACCUAGAUGAAACUGUAGAGUAGAGCCACACACACACAUAGCUACAAACAAAAGUUCAA